AUGAGGUGGUACUACGUCAAUCAGUUCGGUCGUUAUCAUAAGUCGCUGGAGAAGCUCAAGCUCCAUGUGCUAGAUAAGAACGAUGUACUGGGUCAUGACGAUACGUCAAGAAAAACGACAGUACUUACAGGAUCCAAGAUCGCUGGCCCGCCCCAUGAUGCUUUCAAUCUUGGACGGCGAAUUGAUCUUUUGAAGGCCACCAAUCAAGUCGCGAUUUCUUCCUACUUAGCAGAAGAAGAGCAUUCAACACAUUACCUUGAAGUGGUUUUCCGCAAUUUCAAUCUCGCGCUCGUCGACAAUGCUACCGCCGAAUACACCUUCCUAGCUUCCUUCUUCAGCCCAGCCCUUACUAUGGCGACGGUGUCUCGCCAUUUCAACUACAUCUUUGAACCUACUUUUACCCUCGGUCAAACCGUGACACGUUCCCUUGCUGGGGAGACCUACGACGCUCUGGGUCUUUUGUUAUGUAUCAGGUUGAACCAGCACUUCGCCUUUGAGCUGCAGCGCAGGCGCAUCCCGGCAGUAGACGGAUACGUCAACGGCACCAACAUGCUGCUCUGGCCUCGUCUGCAAGUUGUCAUGGACCAGCACUGCGAGAGCGUGCGCACGCUGACCAAUGGCCUGCCGGCGCGCGCCCCAAGCGCCGGCAAACAGGGGCACUCUGCGGCGCCGCACGUCACCACGCAGCGGUUCGGGCAGCUAUUGCACGGCAUUCUGGCGUUGAGCACGGAGGCUGGAGAUGAUGAGCCCGUAGUAACCAGCUUGCGGCGGCUGAGGGCCGAGAUGGAGGCUUUUUUGACAAAAUACAGCCAGUCAUAUUUCGGCAACGACAAGCGGAAAAGGGAGAGGUUCUUGUAUAACAAUUACUCGCUGAUUCUCACGAUCAUCAGCGACGUCACAGGGAAGCUGGCAGUCGAGCAACAGGAGCAUUUUGAGACCCUGAAGACUGCUUUUCAGGAGGCGGCUUGA